GAGGAGGAGGAGGAGAUCCGAAUUCUCCCACUCUCUGCAGCAGCGGCAGCUCAGCAGCUCUGACCGUGCGGGACCCGGACAGCCAGACAUGGAGCCGCGCGCUGGAGAAGCCCCCUCUCAGCCCUGCCCGCAGCGCCCGCUGUAGACUAACUCUCCCCCGCAGCAGAGCGCUGCACAUGCGGCCCACGAAGAGAAAAAGAAGCUGGAGGAAGGAACUCUCUUAAUAUCUGUCUCUCUCUCUUUCUCUUUCUCUCCCUCUCUUCUUCCAUCUGCAUGUGUGUGUCCUGCAGCAGAAAGAGGGGCUUUAUUGGAAAUUCUCGAACCCCCAGUGGGACGCUCUCGGCUUUCAGCUCGACUCCACAGCUCGCCCCUUUUUUCCCAAAGUUUUCCCGGGAUCACUUUAAGGCCACACAAACUGAUGCAGACGGCUGCGAGGCUCUGAAAGGGGCUCGCAGGACUAGAGGGAGGGCUGGUCUCGAUGCCAGUGGAUAUGCAGCCACACCAGGGGCUGUUUCACUACAACACCACUGUCAAUCAACCAAGCAAAGGUCUGGCGCCGUCGGUCCGUUCAGUGUACAGCGAGGUGUCGUCCGUGUGUGUGCCGCCCCCUUGUGGCCAGCCUGCACAGAGCAGAGCAAUGUACAACCCAUCCCUCACCCCUGGAGCCUGCAUGGACCCCUACAUGAGGGCCCCUCAAGCACCUCCACCCCAUGGCAUGCUGGGACACCGUGGCAUGCCACAGCCUGAAGGAGGCAGUGGCACCCCCUACUGUAGCCAAAGUAAUAUGAUGACAGCGCAUCACGGCUUCACUCACAGCCAGCCAGGCUCAGAACACAUGGUUUCAGGAGACGGAUCUCGCUUCUCAACUCCCCGCUCCAUACUGAAGUUGAGUAAGAAGCGAGCGCUGUCUAUAUCCCCUCUUUCUGAUGCCAGUGUGGACCUGCAGACAGUCAUACGCACCUCUCCCAACUCUCUGGUGGCAUUCGUUAACUCGCGCUGUGGGCAAAAUGCUGCCAGCUCAUAUGGACAUCUGUCAGUGGGAGCCAUGAGUCCAUCAAUGGGUUACUCUCCCUCCAUGAACUACCAGUCCAGGCCUCAGGGGAGCAUGUACGGAACUCCACUCGGCCACCAUCCAGCUUCAGUUGGCCCUCCGACACGUCUGCCUCCCCACAACCCCCGGCUUCAUGCACCCCCAAAACACGGACAUCUGAAGACUGAACCUGUGCUGGGGAGCGUGAUGGACGGAAUUAACGUGAAGAGUUUAGAAGAGCAUUCAGAGGGAGAUGUGGCCAGUCCGUCUUCCACUGGAACUCAGGAUCCUCUUAUUGGUCUUCUGGAGGGCCGAGAUGAUCUGGAUAAAGAGGAGAAACCAGAGCCUGAGGCUAUCUAUGAGACCAACUGCCACUGGGAAAGCUGCAGCAAAGAGUUUGACACCCAAGAGCAGCUUGUUCAUCACAUCAAUAAUGAGCAUAUCCAUGGAGAGAAGAAGGAGUUUGUGUGCCACUGGAAGGACUGCUCUCGUGAGCAGAGGCCUUUUAAAGCUCAGUACAUGCUGGUGGUGCACAUGCGCAGACACACCGGGGAAAAACCUCACAAGUGCACUUUUGAGGGUUGCAACAAGGCGUACUCUCGCCUGGAGAACCUGAAAACACACCUGCGCUCUCACACAGGUGAGAAACCCUAUGUGUGUGAGCACGAAGGCUGUAACAAGGCUUUCUCCAACGCCUCCGAUCGUGCCAAGCACCAGAACCGAACACACUCCAAUGAGAAACCCUAUGUGUGCAAAAUUCCUGGAUGUACAAAGCGGUAUACAGACCCAAGCUCUCUGCGUAAGCAUGUGAAGACAGUGCACGGGCCUGAAGCGCACAUCACUAAGAAACACCGUGGGGACACAGGACCUCGACCUCCUGGUUCUGCCCUAACUCCUGGAUGUCAAGGUUCAGAGUUGCUGGUGGAAAAAGAGGAAAAGACCAGAGAAGAUUGCAAGCUGCUCGCUCCGGAAAAUGCAAUGAAGUCUCAGCCAAGUCCUGGGGGCCAGUCUUCCUGCAGUAGCGAGCGCUCACCACUGGGGAGCACCAACAACAACGACAGUGGCGUGGAGAUGAACCUUAAUGCAGCUGGGAGUCUAGAGGAUCUGACAGCUCUGGAGGAUGGAGGGGGCAACAGUGCAAUGGAGCCCAAUGGAGGAGUGUGUUCUGGGGGCAUGGGCAUGUCUACACAGGCCCUGAAGAGGCUGGAGAACCUGAAAAUUGAUAAACUGAAGCAGAUCCGCAGGCAGACACCACCAGGCCGGGGGGCAGGAAACAAAUUACCAGCACUUUCAGCAUCAGGUGAGAUGAUUGGCAUGUGUGGCCCCUCCCCCUUGCUUUCGAACCGUCGUGUGAUGGAGCUUUCUACCCCUGAGCUGGGUGGAGGUGGAAUGGGCGGAGGAGGAAUGGGUGGAGUCGGCGGAAUGGCUAUGCCCUGCCCUCCCAACGACCGCCGUGGAAGUGGCACCAGCAGUCUUAGCUCCGCCUACACCGUGAGCCGCCGAUCCUCCAUGGUUUCCCCUUACCUGUCCAGCCGACGCUCCAGUGAUGUAUCUCAGGUCGGAACAGGUGGACAUUGCCAAUCUGUCAUGGGAAAUAAUGUAGGAGGAGACCCAUUAUCCCCAGAGAGCAAUCGCAGGACUGGGUUGUGCCAGGGCGGUGCCAGUGGAUUGCCUGGUCUGCCUAGUCUCACUCCGGCACAGCAGUAUAGUUUGAAGGCCAAAUAUGCAGCAGCCACCGGUGGCCCACCUCCAACACCUCUACCCAACAUGGAGCAGCCUGGUACCCCUGGCAGACGUUGUGGUUUUAUGAGUGACUACCAGGGCCAGCCGCUGCCUGCAUUCCUACAUCAAGGGGGUCCAAGGAGACACAGUUCCAACUCAGAGUACGGCACAGGCAUAAUCUAUCCACACCAGGCACCUGGGAACAACACACGUCGUGCCAGUGAUCCGGUGCGCUCUGGUGGGGACCCUCAAAGUCUCCCCAAGGUGCAGCGCUUCAACAGCUUGAGUAACAUGGCAAUGAUGGGCCGCCGCAAUGCCCUGCAACACUGUGGUUCUGAUGCCAACCUCUCAAGGCACAUGUACUCACCACGACCACCGAGCAUUACUGAGAAUGUAAUGAUGGAGGCCUUGGCCAUGGAGUCUCAGGGGAACCCCACAGAGGGCAGAGAGCAAGGCACCACAAUGCAAGGUGGAGACCGAACAUACCUGGGCUUUCAGCAGUCUCAGCACCAUCCUCAUGCAGGCAACCAGCUCUCCCCUGGACAUGAAGGCAUUGGAUGCAUAGAUCCAUCCUAUCAGUCCCAGAUUCAGGGACAAUACCAGGGCCAGCGUGGGGAUAUGGGCACAGGAGAAGUGAUGGGCCAGAAUGACAUAGCCAACUCCCUUCUCCAGCAAGCCGAGUACAGUAUGAGCACUUGUCAGCUUAGCCCAUCUGGGCCACACUACCCAAGCUUGGGCCAAACCAAUGAGGGAACAGGUCCCUGGGGACAGACCAGUCAACUCCAGAAUCCCCAUGUUGGUUUACACACAGGGAUGCAGUUUCCAGAUACUGGAAUGCAGACUCAGCAGUAUACUCAAGGCAUGUAUGAUCCUAGUGUUGACCAUAACCAUCCAAGGGUCACUAUCAAACCAGAGCAGUACCAUCCAACCAUGGGAGGGUCCAAUGCAUGCCAGAAUGCCAAGCCUCUUCAGCACCGCCAGCCUGGUGCUAUGGAGCUAUGCCCGCAAGCAUUCCCAUCACAAACCCAAGAACAGGCUUUAAUGGGCAAAGCCUCCAAUCCCAGCUGCGACUUCCAUCAUGGUCAGAUGAAGGUCCAGACAGGUCAUGGCCAGCAAAACCAGGCUGGAGCGUUCCCAAGUGGUGGAAGCCUGAGUCUCGGCUGUGCAGGCUCUGUGCUGACCGAGGGCCGGAGGUCACAGACACCAAUGUUGCAGGUGAAAGAGAUGAUGGUCCGAAACUACGUGCAAUCACAGCAAGCCCUCCUUUGGGAACAGCAGCAAGAGCAGCAAGCAGCAGACAGUAGCCUCUCGGGGAAGCCAGACAGCAUCGAGAUGGGAGGACAGCCAGUCGUGAUGCAGCACAGCCCACAAAAUCAGCAGCCUACCCAAAACCUGUACCAUAACACUUACCAAGGCUACACAAAUCAGAAUGUCAUGAGUCCCCCAGCACAGAGUCAAAUGACCAGUUCAGUGACAGUCAAGGAACAGAUGGGUGGCAUGCAGAGUUCCUGCUAUGGUCAUGACAUGGUGCCGCAUCCACCUCAGAGUCGAAAGCCACUGAGUCGCCAGAACAGUGUUUCCAAGCAAACAAGUGGUGCGUACCUGGGCAGCCCACCACACCUGAGCCCUAACCACUCUACUGCUAGUCCCAGGAGAGGAGUACGGUUACCACCUGUCCAGCAACAGCAACAACACACAGAGAAUUUCUACUACUCAGGUCAGAUCCACAUGCACCACAAUGUGGAUAAGUCUCUGGACCCCCAGGAUGGAUCCUGCCUACCCCAGCAGCACCUUGCAGGAAUGGAAGCUUCUACAAAGGCUGCCUCACUGGCCUAUCCUGACUCUACCCCCAUGUCCAAUACUUUGGAGAACCUGGACUUGGAGAAUGCUCAGAUUGACUUUGCUUCCAUCAUCGAUGACCCAGAUCCUUCGUCUUACAGCCCGGUUAAUCCAGGCCUGGGUCACCACACUUCUUCCUCCCAGGCUUCAUCCCGUUUAACCACUCCCCAAAACUCCAUCACCCUUCCCUCUGGCCUUUCCAACAUGGCAAUCGGAGAUAUGACCUCUAUGCUGACGUCCCUUGCUGGGGAGAACAAGUAUCUGAACACACUGUCUUAAUGGGUCAACUCAUGGACAUGGACCAUCAUUCUGGCAAUAUUGAAACGUAAUGAACUAAGUUGACUCCAGAUGAAUGACCCUCAGUGAAAACCAAAGGUUCUUGUGGACCUUCCUCCACUCGCUGUUUUCAGUGAGCCGCACUAGACUGGAAUGGUCUCUAAGGAUGGGUUGAUUCUGGUUCUUCCCAGGAUCUUACCCUUUCUGUUUGUUGGUUUUGUUUGUGUAAUAAUGAUUCCUCAAACAUUGCGUGGCGUUUCAUUAUCAAAGCUAAAGGGGCAUUCCAUUUGCCGUGAUGGGACUGUUGAUAAUGAAGCGUUUUGUUUAAAUGUAAAUAUAUUAUACCUUUAAAUCAGAAAUGGACUGUAUAUUGAGACAAUGAUAUGGAAAAAAAAAUCAUCUGCUUUCUUACAGAGAGUAGCAAGAGUAUUAUAGAGCACAUUUCAGUUUAGGUACUCUACAAACCAGCCUUUUAAACAGAGUCAUUGGUACAAGUUACAACAGGCCAGAAGUGCAUUUGCCCAUCGUGGCAAAUGAUCGAGGUACAGGUGCAGGAGUUGGCAUCUAGAAAAUGACUGAAACAGUCAGACAGGUGGAUGGAGAAGGUACACAACUCUGAAACUCUUAAAUGACCAACAGUCAUAAUGCCUAUGCGCAGUGCAGUAUUCAAAGCCUUAACAGUUGUUAGUGUUGCUGAUUAUUAUUCAGUUGAAUGUGGAGGGUAGAAGAACUAAGUCUGAAUCUGAAUUCAGUGGAAUCCAUUUGACGUUUUCUUAUUAUUCUUCUCGUUUGUUUUCAGACAGGUAGCUGUAGUCAAAUGGCACUGAGUCACUGUUAACUGUUGUCUGUUGUUUGAAGGCCUGGAUGCACUAAGCUGAUUUACUCUGAUAAAACAGCUGGACAUACAGUAGAUUUUUAAUGAGCUCAUGAUCAUUCAGUACACAGAAAAGAUGAUGUAAGAUGUAAAGUGCAAUUUCAGUUUAGAUUUCAACAUUCAGUGUUAAUUAUGUGCCUACGAACAUUUAUCUACAAUAAAAAUAAAUGGUUGCUCUUUGUCAUUACAGUGUGUCAUAAUACCAGAUUUACUUGUUGCCUUAGUGUUUCCAGGUCCUGAGCUGUCCUGACCACAUCAUACAAGCUAGCCUCUUAGCAUUGCACUGACAACAGCACUAAGCUGAAGAACAAUUAUGAGAAAAAUAGAUAUUCAGUCUUGUUACCAUUUUUAAAAGUUUUUUUACCGUUUUUACAGUAUAGUGUAUGGAUGCAUUGCAUUCAGGCGGCAUCCAGUUGACAAGCUAAAGGUCUUUACGUCCAGUUUUAGCACACUUUACUCAUGUGAUGCCUCUCUACAGUGUGAAGAACUCUUUUUCGUUCUUCUAAGUAUUAUAACAGGGCAGGGUACAGUUUCAACCCCUAGCAAAUCCCAGUGUUUCCCUACAGCUGGUCAUGGCAUACCAAAGAUGAUUGGCACUGAGAAGAGUGCAUGUGCACCCUUUCGUAAUACAGUCAUGUGGCCGUGCCUCCGUAGUGCUGAUAGAGAAUGUAAUGUGUUUAACAUUUCUUUUUUUAUUUUCUUUUUUUUCUAAAGAAGAUUAAAACAGUUUGUGGAUUUUGCAUUUCUCUGUGUGUUCUGAUGUUUGUCACAGUUCAGACUUUUUUCCUUUUUGCUGGCAAAAGAUCAUUAAUGUAGUCAUACAAUUUUAUGCUAGCUGUUAUUACAUCUAUUUACAGGAAAACAAGUGAUAUAUUUUUUGCAUACCAUUUUCUACAUUUUUAUACAAAAGUAAAGGUACUAUAUUUUACCUGUUUAUUAAUAAACACAGCCUGUGAUGAAAGCAAA